CAACGACUCACAACCGGCACAGCCACUGUCCGCUCCGAACGUGGCAGGCCGCACGCGGGUCGAUUCCAUUUUUAAAACUUGUAUCCCAUUAUUGAACGAAACCAAGGGUUUACAAAAAAAUAAAAAAAAAACGUGUUCUGUGCAAGCGCGGGAAUUCGCGCCUAAACUGAGUGACAGUGACAUAAUAAUAUAUUUUUUUAAGUGUGUGCUUUUGUGAGGCUUUGACUACUUUUAUUUUGGAUCGUAUAUUACUGUGACAAGAUGGCAGCGAAGGACUUCCGGUCGGAGCGAGUGAAGCAGAUGUUUAGUUGGACAACAGCAGAAACCUCGCCUUCAUCGCCGGCGGGCGAUGAGAAGGAGUCCAAGAUGAGUCAGAUACAGUUCUCCAUGCCGCUCGACAUCAAUAACAGCACUGUUUGGCAAAAAAGACAGCAGGCAGUCUGCGUACAGCACGCCUUCAAACACUACGGCUCCAACAAGCGGCCCAACCAUGUGCUCAGCAACCUCAACAUGUCCGUCAAGAAGGGCACCAUAUAUGGACUACUGGGAGCGUCAGGCUGCGGCAAAACCACGCUACUCUCCUGCAUAGUGGGGCGGCGGAAACUCAACAGCGGCGAGAUAUGGGUGCUGGGCGGCAAGCCGGGGACUAAAGGGUCGGGAGUGCCCGGCAAGCGCGUGGGCUACAUGCCGCAAGAGAUCGCGCUGUACGGAGAGUUCACCAUCCGAGAGACCAUGAUGUACUUCGGCUGGAUCUUCGGCAUGGAGACGAGAGAGAUCGCCGAGCGGCUUCGCUUCCUGCUCGACUUCCUGGACCUGCCUAGUGAGAACCGGAUGGUGAAGAACUUGAGCGGUGGGCAGCAGCGGCGAGUUUCCUUCGCCGUGGCGCUGAUGCACGACCCCGAGCUGCUGAUCCUGGACGAGCCCACGGUGGGCGUGGACCCGCUGCUGCGCCAGUCCAUCUGGACGCACCUGGUGCGCAUCACCAGCUCCGGAGACAAGACCGUCAUCAUCACCACCCACUACAUCGAGGAGGCUCGCCAGGCGCACUGCAUCGGUCUGAUGCGUAGCGGUCGGCUGUUGGCGGAGGAGUCGCCCCAAGCGCUGCUUACCAUGUACAGCUGCAUCUCGCUGGAGGAUGUCUUCCUCAAGCUCUCCCGGAGACAGGGUCAGGCGAACCAAGUGGUGGAACUGAACGUCAGCGGAGGCCUAGGGCUCAACAAGAUGUCGAAGCGAGAGGAGGCGCCCUACGCGGCGGAGGACGCGCAGGUGGUGGGACUCAACUUCCACCAGAGCAAGGAGGUGCUGAUCGUGGACCACGCUGCUGGAUCCAAUGGAGACCUGCCUGGAAAGAUGACAGAAGUGGUGAAGUCGGAAUGCGAAGAUUGCGGAGGUUGUUUCAAUUUUACAUCUCGCGGCAAGAUCAAAGCGCUAAUCCAGAAGAACUUCCUGCGCAUGUGGCGCAACAUCGGCGUGAUGCUGUUUAUCUUCGCGCUGCCCGUCAUGCAGGUCAUCCUCUUCUGCCUGGCUAUUGGUCGCGACCCCAGCGGACUCAGACUGGCCGUAGUAAACGACGACGUCCACGUACUAGACGGCUACUGUCCCUACAACGCCUCCUGCUCCAUGAAGAACCUCUCCUGCCGCUACCUCGCCCACCUCAAGAACCAGUCCAUCAUCAAGCAGUACUACGCCGACCUGGACUCCGCCAUCGACGCCGUGCGCGAGGGAGACGCGUGGGGAGCGAUUUACUUCAAUGAGAAUUAUACUGACUCUCUUGUGGCGAGACUUGCUUUGGCGGAUACUGCUGACAACGAGACCAUCAUGUCGUCAGAGGUACAAGUGUGGCUCGACAUGUCCAACCAGCAGAUCGGCCUCAUGCUCAACCGGGACAUACAGUUCUCUUACCGGGACUUUGCCAAGGAUCUGUUGAAAACCUGCAACUAUAACCCGAAGGUGGGUGACAUCCCCAUCGACUUCAAAGACCCGAUCUACGGCGACAACAACCCCUCGUUUACCGACUUCGUUGCUCCUGGUGUCAUUCUCACGAUCGUGUUCUUCCUGGCUGUGGCGCUGACGUCGUCGGCUCUCAUCGUGGAGCGCAUGGAGGGACUCCUGGACCGCAGCUGGGUGGCGGGCGUGUCUCCUGGAGAGAUUCUGUUCUCGCACGUGGUCACGCAGUUCGUUGUCAUGUGUGGUCAGACGGCGCUGGUGCUCAUCUUCAUGAUCCUCGUGUUCGGGGUGAAGAGCAACGGGAACAUAUUCUACGUCAUCAUGCUGACGCUGCUGCAAGGUCUUUGCGGGAUGUGCUUCGGCUUCGUCAUAUCAGCGGCUUGCGAACUAGAACGAAACGCGAUCCAACUUGCCCUUGGUUCAUUUUACCCCACUUUACUCCUCAGUGGGGUAAUCUGGCCCAUUGAAGGUAUGCCCUGGGCAUUGCGAGGUAUAGCCUUAUGCUUGCCCCUCACACUGGCGACAUCUGCCUUGCGAUCAGUGCUGACUAGAGGCUGGCCACUCUCAGAUCCAGAUGUGUAUUUAGGUUUCGUGGCCACAUUGGCUUGGAUAGCUCUAUUCUUGGUAGUUACGUUAACUAUACUGCGCUUUAAGCGAGGUUGAUUGUUGAGCUCAAAUCGCUUUAAGCUAUUGUCAAUGUGAAUAUAAUUGUAAGCUUUAAGAACAAAAUAAUGUACCUACCCUCAAUUAUACAUUUCCUUGACAAAAUCCAAAUAGACGAAUUAGAUAGUUUUCUAUCCAUUAUCCCUAAAUAAUUAAAAAUGAUCUUUAUAAGCAAGCAAGAUAGAAAAUAUUUUUAUGAGCAUGCGCGAAAGAGAUAAUAAAAUAUUCCUUUCCCUUAUCCUUACAUUCAAACGGCUAUCAGUGUGUAAUAUUUACGACAAAAAUAGAAAUAGGUGAUAAUAUAUGAAAUGUAAUUGUAAUUGAAUCAUCAAAUCAAUGUUAAUUUGUUAAUUUGCUCAACCGCUCAAUGAAUUUAUAAUUUUGCGUAUCUCUAUAUUCGUAAUCGAUGUUAAUGUUGCCAGUUAAAUGAAACAAAAACUACCAAUCAUAAUAAUAAAAAAAAAACGUACAUACAGCCGAACAUAGAAUCUCCUCCUUUUUGAAAGUAGGUUAAAAAUAUGUCAGUGUGUCCACGUUUAAAAAUCAUAAAUACCUUUGUACUCGCUCUACUACCGAGUUAAAAAAUGUUGCCUUUUUCCAAAAAUCAUCAAUAAUAAUUUACUUAACUUUUGUGUCACACAAGAAAUAUUUAAAUUAUUUAUUUAAUGUAAUAAUAAAUUAAAUGUAUAAUGAACGUACACAAAUUUGAAAUGACUAUAAAAUAGACACAGCUCUAAUAUUUUUCUUGCCUAACAUAAAAUAAAAAAAUUAAAUCGAUUACGAAUAUUAUUAGCACAUCAAUUGUAAUUCUAGUACUUAUAGCUAAAUGACUGUUAUUUAGUCGAACAUGUAAAUAUUAGGUUAUAUUUAUAGUAGCAAGUACAUUAGUACUAAGGUUUAGGGAAUGUUAGCAAUUAUGAUUGGUCGAACGCUUUUUAUAGGGUCCUCCGGUAUAGGUAGUUAAUGAUAGACUUCGAACAAUCAACCAAUAAGACUGCCUUUAAUGCAUAUUUACUAAACAGCGCAUAAAUUAACUGAGACCGGACUUGUUAUACCGUUUUUAAGCAAUAAAUGACGGUAAAUGUAAAAAAAUAACAAUGCAGAAGCAAUAUUUAUUAAGCAGUUUGUUUACUAUAUAACAAGUCAUAAUAUUAUAUUCUACAGAAGAACGUUAAAUCAACGCUCUUCUGUAUCUAUCUAGGUUCUAAACAAUUAUAUAUUUAAUAAAUAAUUCUAAACAAUUUAUAUUGGAUAGAUAGUUGUCAAGGAGUUUUACCAUGGUUGAAUGUUCGAAGAUAAUACCUGAAUAAUGAGUUACCAUAGUAUAAGAUGGUGCCAUAGACGUUAUGGUGAUUUUUUUUUAAUUUCUUCCAUCCCAAUUAAAAUUACAAGAAGCUACCAGUUACCACCAAUUUUUGAUUUGGCAACUCUUAAAAUAUUUAUGACAAUUUAUUAGUCAUUUUAUGGUACGUUUAUAUUAUUUAAAAUAUUAUACAUAUAAAGAAAUCUAGGGUCUAAUAAUGUUAUUGGCUGCAUUUCAUAUUUUUCAGUACUUUACAAUGUUUAUUUAAUCUCUUUCGAGUUUUAUACCUAUUACAUAAAAUUAGGUAAAACUUAGUAUGAAACAUUUCUCCGUGAGGGAUUUUGAAUAGAUUAUUGGGAAGUAAUAAUGGACUUUAUAUGUCUAUGAUUUAAUGUUUGUAUGAAUUUGCGCCAUCUUUUUGUUUAUAUAAUUGUAAUUAACUAGUGGAAUGGUUGUAUGAAGCAAUAUAUUAUUAGCUAUGUAUGUACAGAUAAGAAUAGGUUUAAGGAUAUAAUUAGGAACCUAAUUGAAUUUUUGUAUGUAAUUAUGAGUAAAAAUGACGGCGUAAGGUAUGGUUAUUGAAAUUACGUAAUUACAAAUGACAUUUUUUAUAUUUCUGCAUAUUUUUUAUAUUUUUGAUAAUACCUACAUUAAUAAUAAUGUCAAUCAAUGGUUCAAGAAGAAGCUUAAUUGUUCAUUACAAAAAGUAUUAAUUUCAAUUUUGAAAUUAAUACUUUUUGUACUCGAAAAAUUUCAAGAUAAGAUUUUUCAUUACUACCAACAAUAUGAAUUGUUUAUUUAAACAUUUAAAAGCAAUUAUUACAUUAAUUUUGUGAAAAAACACACACACACAUUUUAAUGUAUCAUGUCAGUAGGUAGGUGUUUAUCUUAAUUUUAAACUUUAAGAAAAAACUUAACAGUACCUACGUUACCCAAACCAAGUUAUACUUUUCAUGUUUUUUUUUCCCAAAUUGCGUUGAGUGGCGUGAUUGCUACAAAAUGUAAGCGCGAACUUCUCUAGAAUUUAUUUAUUUUUCUUUCUUAAUUUAAGUUUGUAUAUUAUGUCACAUUAAUUGACUUUCUGUAGGAAAUAUUAUUUUUCAUAUGGGCAACAUUGCUUUUCUACUAAAUAGAGUGUAAAGUAUAGAAUAGUAUAGAAGUGUCUGACUGUGAUUAUUUUUGCUAACAUCGACAUGUUUUUUGUAAUGACAAUUAUACAAUAAUACUGUACCAAAUAAUA